AUGAUAUUAUCAAGAGGCUUAUUCAACUUGCCACUAAAACAAGUCUAAUUUUUCGGAAGAAGAAAGGAUUAUUAUGCAAUUUUGGGGAUCUCAAAGACUGCCACAGAGGAAUAAAUCAAAGAAGCUUACGCAUAGAAAGCACAAAAACUCUAUCCAAAUGUCACUACAUCUGUGGCUAUAAAUGAUGUAUAAGCCCAAUAAGGGUUCUAGGAUGUGGCUGAAGCCUUUGCAGUACUCUCACAAAUACAAAGCAGAAAUGCUUACGAUCUUUUGAAUAAAGAAUAACCAGAGCUAUUGUAUGGUGAAGAAAUGGAAAGAUAUAAAUAAUCAUUCUAAAGAAAUGAUGAUGGUACAUACAAAAGGCCAGGAUAAGUGGCAUCAGAUUAUGCCAAAGAGAAGCAAGAGUAUUUGAAAAAAGAGAGAUCAGUUUUUAAUGUAGAUGAUUUUGGCAGAUACAAAGGAGGUGUCCCAAGACCAAACAAAGGUUAUGUAAGAGGAAAUUCCUUAAUGGGUGUUGGUUAAUAUCACAGACCAUUAUAUCACAAUAUGAAACAAAAUCCAUUUGAAACAGAGCAUCGUAUCACUUCUGAGGAUGCUUAAUAUUUUAGAGUUUGGUCUACUGAAGAGAGAACAUUCAAAGAAUGGUCAUAUUUGCAUUAAAAUGCAGUAGUCGACUACGAAUACUUAAAAUUUAAUGACUAUAGAAUUUUCUUUAGAUGGGUAAGAAAUUUCUUCUUGGUGUUUUUGGCAUUCCCUUACUUCUUCUAAUCAUUAUACAGAGGUCAUUUGAGAGAAAUUAUUGAUGAAAUUAAUGAAGAGAUGGCUGAAGGAAUGCCUAUUGUGGGAAGAUAAUUUGGCAAUUUACAGGUUGUUGUAGGCAAGACAGGAACACUAAAAUUGUAAGAUGCAAAUGGGGGACAUCAUCAUCAUUGAAUUAUAAAAUAAAAAGAAUAAAAUACAUAAUGAUCACAAAUCCGUU